GAGACAGCAGCAUGUGUGGCGGUGCUGGUGGCGCUGAGGGGUUUUCCGUCGUCGCUGGUGAGAAUCCGCCUGGAGAGCGAGAGGGGCGUGCGGCGGGCGCGUGCCAGCCUUGUGGCAGACCCGCCUCACCAGCUGCCCUACAACAUCCAGGCGGAAGCAGCUACACUGCUGCCGCUCAUCGCCAGCACCGCCCUCCUGCGCCACUUCACAGAGCGACACGAGUCAUCCCGCACCCUUGCCGGCAUGCUCUGCACGUCGCUGUCAGAGCCGUCCGGCCUGCCUUUGGAGCAGCAGCACACGAGCCAGUGCCUGCAAGCCCUCGCCCAGGCCAUCCGCGUGUUUCUCGAUAACACAGCCAUGCUGUUAUGCAAGCUGGAGAGUCAGUGUGAGAGCCACGGGAUGAGGUUGCUGGAGCUCAAGCGGUGCAUUCAGCCCAUAGCGGACGGAGUGAGGGUUCUCGAGCCCAUCGUGAGAGGGGUGGACGAUGAAGGAUGGGGAUCAACAGAGGUUCUUGACAUGCUGCAUGCAGCGUCCACCCGACCAGAUGUGAGGGAGGCGGAGGGUCUUAUUCGUUUUGUGCUGAAAGCUACAUGCGCCCCCUACCUUCAUCUCCUCUCCUCGUGGAUGCAGGAAGGCAGGCUGGACAACGACAUUCACAGCGAGUUCUUCAUUUCUGCAUGCACCACUGCUGCUACAGCCACUACAGCUGCUACAGUUGCUACAGCUGCACACUCAUCUGCUGAUGUGCAAACCGCCCCAUCUGCUCAUGGUCGCACCAUUCUGGACACCACCAGUGGCAGUGAUGGCUUGCGGUUGAGGCAGCAUGGGGGCGUGCGGGAAAGGGAGGGCGAAGGGGGAGAGGCCACGGGGCAAGAGGAGUGGCGGAGUGCAGAGGGGUGGGAAGGGGUGGAAGGGCAGCGGUUUCUGGUGCGGUGUGAUGCGGUGCCGGUGCUGUUCCAGUCAGUGGCUAAUGAUGUGUUGGCCACGGGGCAGCUGGUGCAUGCGCUGAGGGAGCAUGGGUACUUGAAGCAGCUGAUUCCUUCAGAGGGAGAGGCGGAACAACCGCAGAUGCAGCUCGGCAUUCUAGAGGAGAGCGUGGGUGCACGCACACAGGCAGUGCAGCAGACAAUGCUGGACCUCACGCUGAACAAGAGCCACCUCCUCGGGCAUCUGCUCACCAUCAGACGAGUGCUACUGCUCUCCCAGGCGGACUUCCUGUCGGACUUCAUGGCGCUGGCAGGCGAGGAGCUCUGCAAGCCGGCUAGCAGGGCGUCUCAGGCUCGCAUUGAUCUGUCACUGGGCGCGUCUCUGCGCUCCUCCACAGCAGCCUCAGACCCUAACUGUGACCGCCUCUCUGCACGCCUGUGUUCUUCCUGUGCAACCACACAAUCGCCACCCUCACACCGCGCACCAGACCCAGUACAAUCACAUUCGCAACUGUCACAUCUGCAGCAGUCAAGGGAGAGCAUGGACGGUGCAGAUCUGCUGAGCAGCCUCCAGUCAUACGAUCAAUACGAGGACCUGCUGGGAGAUGAUUCACAUGAUGAUGCAGAUGAUGACUCUCUUGCUGCUCAUGCUGCUGCUGGUGGUGGCAGUGGUGGUGCUGAUGGGGAUGACAGGCAGCUCUACAGCAACCCGCUGUUGCUGCUACCCCAGGCCACCCCUGCUGGCCCAGUCAGCCCUGCAGCUGUGUCAUCCUGGUCGCUUGUCUCUCGGGGCACUCCUGCUGGAGCGCAGGCAGCGGGGGGGGCAGGGGAUGAAGGGAGGGGAGCUGCAGGGCAGAGCGGAUGGGAGGCCAUCUAUAUCGACUACCAGGCGCCCUGGCCAGUAUCCGCGGUGGUGCCCCCAUCCGCCCUGCAGGGUUACAACCACCUCUUCCGCUUCCUGCUCGCCGCCAGGCGAACCCACAUGCACCUCGCCCUCGCAUGGUCUGCCCUGCAGCUGACGCGGGGACUGAAGGUGGAGGGGACAAUGCUGCAGCGCGUGCACUGGCUGCGGCAUCGCAUGGCAUGUGCUGUCACUGCCAUCCUCGACCAUGUCGCACAUGCGGUGAUAAGCCCCAAUUUCGACUUCAUGACAUCAAAAUUGACCAAGGCUACCUCCUUCCACCAGAUUGUGCUGGAGCACCAAUCAUUUCUUCACACGUGUCUCUCAGAGGGGCUUCUGGAUUCCUGCCCGCACAUUCGAGAGAAACUCUCUGCCCUCCUCUCCAUCGCUCUUCGCUUCGCCAACACCGUCAGCACCACCAUCCAUACAGCCUCCUCUCUCCCCGGCCUUGAUUCGUCAUCUUCAUCAUCAUCAGCAGCAGCAGCAGCAGGAUGGGGAGGAGGAGGAAGGGGGGGUUAUGGGGUGGAGGGUAGAACCAGUGGAGUCGAGCUGGCUGACUACGCCUACGGUGAUGCCACGUCAGAUGCUAAGGGACGGGCGGCCCGGGCGGCAUUCCGUCGGCAGUUAGCGGCGGAGGAGCUACAGCGGUGUUUGGAGGAGGAGGGGUUUGUUGAAGAGAUGAGGGCCAUGCACACUGCCUUCGCGGCCUCUCUCCGGGCCGCCGCUGCUGCCAUCGCAUCUGCCCUCCGAGACCAUCCUGUGCUGCUCUCCCUGCACCUCGCCUUAUCCGCCGUUGCCAAAGGCCUUCCAUGA